AUGGCAGACAAAUCUACAACAGUGGAAAAAGUGAUUGAUCCGAUAAUCGACUUGGGUAAUCUACUUUUCGUCGACAGAGAUCCAAUCGAAGGCGAUGCUUUGGAAAACUUGGCAACUCGCGCCAGAAACAACACACAACUUUUAUUCAACAAUAUUUGGCAAUUGGAACAGAAACGAAUCGAUGAGGCGAUAACUGUUGCACUUCCUCUUGGAACCUAUCGAAUUCCGAGGGAAAAGAAACUUCCAGAGAAAAAAGAACCAACAAAAUGGGAGAAAUAUGCUGCUGAAAAGGGAAUUGUGAAGAGAAAGAAGGAUAAGAAGGUGUUUGAUGAGGUGACGAAAGAAUGGAAGCCAACUUAUGGUUAUAGACGAGCAAAUGAUCCGACUAAGGAUUGGGUUAUUGAAGUUCCGGAUAAUGCAGAAGAUCCGAAUAAGGAUUAUUUUGCUGAGAGAAAAGAGAAGAAGAAGGAAAGAAUGGCGAAGAAUGAGAUGCAAAGACUCAAGAAUUUGGCGAGACAAAUGAAGACUACUGUUAAAACCGGACCAUCAACUGAGAAAAUGAUUGGUGUUGGUGUGGAUGCGAAAGAAAAAUCGAAACAGCAAGUUAGAUUUGCGGUGGAUCGUGCAAAGAUAUCAACGGCUUCAGCUGGCAAAUUCCAAGAAGGUUUGAAGGGUGAGAAGAAGAAUAUUAAGACGGGAAAGAAGAGGAAGUUUGAGGCUAAUGAGGCGCCGGUUUCAUCGGAGAAAGAGAGAUCUAUGAAGAUUUUGCAGACGAUGAAAGCUAAGAAGGUAUGAAGAGCUGCUGAUUAAUAUUUCGCUGUGAAAAUCUACUUAUCUCAACUCUAAAUACGAAUUUUGACUAUUUUUAGUUGGACUUCGUCGACUAAAUGAUAUUUUCCUAUCUUUUACGGAAUCGUAUGCUUUUGUCGUAUUCAUAGGAUAGAAAAAUCUAGGAGAAUUCGAAUGAUAUAAUUUUUGAUGACUUUACGUUACUUCUAAGUGGAAAUUCUCGCUAAAUUCCUUAUGGGUAACGUAAAUUCAUCAAAAUUUAUAUCAGUCGAAUUCUCCUAGAUUUUUCUAUCCUAUGAAUACGAAAAAAGCAUACGAUUCCGUAAAAGAUAGGAAAAUAUCAUUUAGCCGAAGUCCAGCUUUAAAUAUUCAGAUUAGAGUUGAGAUAAGUAGAUUUUGACAACGAAAUCGUGAUCAGAUGGUUAAAUAGAAUCAAUUUAUCAAAAAUCUGAAAUUCCAGGCCAAAAUCAUCGAAGAAAAAGCGUCAGCGGUCGCCGGACCAAUUGCCGACAAACCCAAAUUUGAUCCGAAGAAGAGAAAAUCGACAAAAUCCGAGCCAACUCGUCAAAAAUCGCAAAUCCAUCGACAAACCUGGUUCAAAAACAAGGUGGAUGCGAAGAAGAAGGGAACUGCGGGAGCCGGAAAAUCCAAGGGAAAAGGAAAGAAAUAA